AAAGUAUGUAGCUCCCUUAGUCAUUUGUCCCUGCAAUGGCACACUAGAUUCUGAGGGAGUGAGAAUGGUUGGUUUAUUUACAGAUACUCAUAUUUCAUGUGACAGGAUUAAGCGGUGUCAUCGCCUACAGCAAUUAGUCAUUUGCACGUAGUGACAUCACCCUGGUGACCUUGUGCUGUGUAAACAUGAGGCAUCAUGGGAUUUGUAGUAUAGAGCACUUCCUCUUUACAAUCUCUUCCUGAUGUGUAUCCCAUAACAAGGAAGGGUGUGCUGUCUGCAUGGUGCAGUUAUCCCUAUCAGAGAAGUUCCAUCAGGUUAACCCAAGUAUUCACAUCAGCAGGUAUCGUAGUCUCUUUCGCAGUUCAUGUGAGCCAAAGUUGGCAAAAUUCACGAACAAAGGCUGAAAGAAGUAUUUGAAAACAAGCAAGGCUUACUGUAUAUCAUUGAAGACGAGGAUACUAAAAGAAUUGAUUUCCUCUUUACUAAAUGGAUUUCCUUGGAAGGAUCUACCUUAUGUUGUCUGUUUGUAUAUCUCUGUUUUUUGUGCUUCCAGGGGUGGAAGCAGCAGAUGAAGGAAAUGUAAUCGCAGUCCUGCUUGGUCUAGUACUUACAGGCAUUUGUUGUUGUGCAUGUUUGGGGUACUAUGCCAGAAGCAGAGAUGGGCAGCCCUAACGUUUUUGUAGUCUAUUUAUUUGCACGUUUUGCAUUUUUCUCUGUCUCCUGAUAUUAUCUGGGAAGGGGUCUAUUUUUAUUAGCAUUUUUGGAAUGUAAUAUUAAUGGCCAGUUUAAUUGCCUACUCUGUUUAAAAAGAUUCAUUGACUUGUACAGUAUAUGAUUUGUCCUUUAAUACCAAAUGACAUUAAAAUGUGAGACUCGAUUAAAUAUUAAAUAUGUGUUUUUUUGAAAAAA